ACCAUUAACCCACCCAGAAAAUCUGCCUCCUCUACCUUCUGCUUAUCUCUCUACGGUUCGCGCCGCUGAGGGAGAAAGGAAGGCGGCUAAAGGAGCUGGUGACGGACCUCCGGUGUUUUCCCCCACACAUGUUUCCUUAUUGAUUUCCUCUGCGCCGAUUCAAGGUUCUAGGUGCGUGAAUUCUUCAAUCGCCAUUACUGCCACCAAAUCAUAAUCCCAAAUCUACGACGAUAUCCCGAGAUAGAGAGAGCAUGCAAGAUUGAGUGGGAAUGGAGGGCGACGCGAUCCCCAUAUCAUUCGACGGUGAUGGUUUAUGGUUCGCUACUCUGAAAACGUCAAAACCCAGGAAGCCUUCCAUCCCACCGAACAGAGAAACCAACUUGGCGAAGCUGUCGUGGUCCUCCUGGUCUAUCGCUACCAAGGCGUUGUCGUCAUUGAUUCACCAGCACCACCGACGCUGCUCUUUGAUCUCUAAUCUCAGCAGCGAACAGCGAGAUCUGCUAUUGGGGAGGUAGAAGAUGAAGGUAAAGAAGAAGAAGGCGGAGGUCAACAAGGGUCGGGUCUGAUUUUUUUCAUCAGAUGGGUUAAAACAUCGGUCGGCUUAGAGUUUCUUACGUGGAGGAUUGAAUUAUUAUUAUUUUUGGUUUAAAUAUGGAUGACUCACCUAUUCUGUUAGCCACGUCAGCAGUUAACUGACGACACUAACGGAGAUUAACAAAGAGUGACCGAACUUAGACUGUUCAACUAAUUUAAGUGACUACGAAUGGAAUAAACCAAUUCAAGUGACCAAACAUGGAAUUUUAUAUCAAUUAGAGUGACCAAACUUGCAAUUUAGCCAAAUUACUUGAUAGCUUUAAAUUUGUAGCUCGUGUUUUCCAUAACGCUAACAACUCCAAUUCGAGUCAAUUAUAACUCGAAUUGGCAAAGUAGUAUAACAUUGACCGAAGCCAUAUUCCUCGGAAACUCUAGAUCGGCUGCUACUCUCGACCUGGAUCUACUAUCUAGCCAAAUGGAUGGUUGGUGGUUUAUGUGCAAAACAAAUGAAGAAAGAAACAAAACUAACUAUGAGUAAUAUGAUCACAAUAAAUAGAAUGUUAGUUAGGUUGAAUCCUCAAUUUGGGAAACGUUGAAUACCCAGAUAUGCCAAUAAGAAGGGCUUAGGAUACGGUCAAUAUUCACUGGUUACUGACCAAUGAGUAAUUAAAUCUCAGCCAUCAAAUUUAAGUGGACCUAGAAAAUUCAGAUAUAAAGGUGGAGAAUUAAAAGCAAUUUAUUUUCCCUAGUUUACUUAAUCGGCUCUUAUCUUCUUUGUUCUAACUCGGAUUUCUUUUUUUUUCACAUAUGAAAUGAGUUUGUUGUGCUCUGCAAAAUGAGAUCAAUGUUCAAUAUUUUUUGAGGAUUUUUUUUCAUAUCUCCCGUUACCAACUGCAUACCAUAUGAUAACUUCUUCGUUUCUAAGCCGUUUUUUAAAACAUUUGCUCAGAAGGAACGAGUUCCUCAUGAUCUAUUGGAUCUACAAACACAUAAAACGAUUCACAACAAGCAUCAAUCACCCAUUCCGGCCUAGCCAUGCACCAUCAUCUUUGUACGUAACACCCCGAUAUUUGGGUGUAGGUUCGACCACAAUAAAGGAGCAAUUGAAUCAAUGAUUAUGUACGAGUACCUCAAAAUUUUCAAACCGGGUUAACGACCAAGGCCUAACUAUUCGGCGUGGGCGUGGCCCAAAUUCAUUGAUGCACAACGGAGGGAUUGUAACUAUGGAUUAAGGGUGAUAAUAAUCCUACAAACAAUUUAUAGAGGUCCCACGUGAGAACCCAUCCAAUUGAGUUUUUCCUAGCUUAUGCGCACAGUUAGGGAGAAUUUUUUGAUAAUUUUGAUGAGUUUAAAACACCUAAAUUAUUAAUUAAAAAAAUGAAUCGGGUCUCCAAGACUGCAGCUAGAGCCAUUCCUUUUUUAUUUAAUAUGUUAUAUAUAUGGGGCGCUUCUUUAGCCAAAAGUAUAUAUAUAUAUAUAUAUAUGGUUUAAACUUCAUUGGUUUUUGCUAUUUAGAUGAUUACUUAAGCAAAGUUUGGAGCAUAAUACUAUACCCUACGCACGAAUGGGUGAACUCCAAUUCCUAAUUUCCUAACCCAAAUCAUGAUAUAUAUUCAUUUAAUAUUAAAAUAAUAAUCGAUGGUUCUCAUUCAUCAAAAUAUAUCAAAGUACAAAUAAUAGGUAUGAUCACAAGCAUAUAGCAUACAGGCGUACGCUAUCCUUUGCCAUAUAUAAUCAUCUACUAUAGUUCAAAUUAUUGGUGUUUGCAAGCGAAAUGAUUAUCCCUGCCGAAUUCAUUAAAGUAUAAACUCAAUU